AUGGAAGGAAACACAGUUCCGGUUGAGGCUGGAUCACGAUACCUCUCGCCAAGCCGAGCUUUCGACCUGUGGUUGGCCGUGCUGACCAAUCAUCAGAAUGGGCGCGACACGCACAUUCGCCAAAUCAAGGUGCUGGGCCCCCGAAGUGCGAAGCGCUCCAGUGCGGAUGCGCCUAGGGAGGUGUGUCCUCUCAAACUUCAGACCCGUGAGCUGCAGCAGUUCGCGAGCAUUCGGUGA